AUGGGUGAAUCCGGCUCGCGUCGCUCCACGCUAGUCUCCCGCCUGCCCAUCUUCCGGCGGAGCAACUGCAAGAGACAGGACUCGCUGCCAUCGUCACCGUCGUCAGGGGGCAACUGCGCACACACUUCGUCGCCCUCCAGCACCAACUCCAGCUCAGGGAGCACCGGCAAACGUCGGAGUCUCUUUCGCGCACCCUCUCUGAGCUUCUCAGCCAAGCGGAGCAGCAAUCCUCGCGUCCAGCCCGUCAACUUGAACCUCACGUCGCCCUCAGUCUCUGCCCAAACCACCGAUGCCAAUGGGAACAGCCAGCAGCCGACUACUGCGUCACAGUCGGGAGGUUUUAGUGAAGCUCACACAAAGUCGCGACACUCGUUUGGCUUUGGGAGCUAUCGGCAGAAAAAAAUCACACGCUCUCAAACUGAGGAUUUCGACAAAGCCUCGGCCUCCUCUUCCACAAAUAAUCGGAACGUCUUCAUCAACUGCCUCAGUGGCUCGACGGCCAAUGAGGGCGAUGACUCAGGUUUCAUUGAAGAUUACGGCAACGGGCGCUCGUCGCGACACAAGAAACACCUGUUGCCCAAGUCCCUUUCGGCCCAUCACCGCUUUCCUCACCAGAGGCCACCAGGGGAGAAUCCUGAGAGUCCUGGCAUUGCUACAGUCACCCCGGGGACCGGAGGGCUCACCCCAGCUUCUUGUCCAAGUGACGUCGGCCUGGAGAGCUCGCUUCAGUCUCCCAUGGUAUCAGAGGAUCGCACCACAGCCAUCACCCCAUCCGAAUUCAUUCCUAUUACCGAAGACUCUGUCUCUGAGGCCGAAGCUCUGCCAGCUCCCAGUCCUGGACCGAUCCUAGUGUCUGGGCCCAUCACUGACACUGCUGCAACUGAUGGUCAACCUGUCCAAGAGACUAUAUCUUCCUCACAGGUCUACUUCAUGGAGGCUCCUCUGGGCACUGAGAAGCCAUUACUGCCUGAAACCAGCACAGCCAACAACACUGACUACGAAACGGCCGUCUCCCUCUCGGAACCAGAAACUGCUGUGCCCUGCUCGUCCCCGCGAGUGCAGUUGCCGGAUGAGAGGGACCAGCGCAAAGAAAAGGAAGAGGUGGCUGACAGAGGGACGUCGGGAAAGAAGAAUACUGAGACCACCAGUGAAAGUGAGGCGGGACCACCGAGAAGUGACAGCUGCCGUUCAUACCCAGAACAGUCGGAGAGAAGGACGAGACACACCCUGUCAGUUCACGAGAGAGGAACCUUUUGUGGCUGCCGAGAACCCAGAUCCUGUCACAUAAGGAAACCACAUACAGCCUCGCUGUGCAGCAGUGUUAGCCCCUACCAUGAGGUGAUGCGCUUGGAGAGGCGCUUGCGUUCCUCUUCUGAAGGGGCUGGCGGUCCUCGUAUCCACAGCAAUCAUCGGGACACCCCUGGCAUGGAGGGAUGUGGCCUGCUGAAACACAGGAACAACUCUUCAUCUUCCAAACUAGGAAGUUUGGACGUCCUGAAUAAUUUGGGCUCUUCUGAGCUGGAUGAAGAUGACCUCAUGUUGGAUCUGGACCUGUCUGAUGAUCAACGCCAUCGUUACGUUUCUAGGCAGGACUCCAGUCAGUCUUUGGCAUCCUGUCUCAACUUGCUCCACUCCCCUAUCGACCAAUCAGGAGAUCGCAUACCAGUGAAAGACAAUUGUUACAGAGAGCUCCGACGUCCGACGAGUCUGCUGCCUGGUGACUGCAGCUCUGCUAUGCUUUUGGGGAGGGAAGACGAGCCAUUGCCCCCUGGAGUGGAGACCUUACCUUGGAGACUGAUGCAGCAGGACUGCACAGCUGUUAAGACCCUACUUUUGAGACUGAGGCGCACCCUGCAGGAGAGUACCGAGACAAGUCCUGCUAGCAGUCUUCAGUCCCUACCUAUUAGCCCGUGCAGUGAAAAGUCUCUUCCAUUUAAGGACUGGAACAGAGAAGAGGCGUUGCUGCAGCAACUGAAGGAGAAAGACGAACUGAUUCUCCGACUGCAGAGUGAACUGGAGAGUGCCAAAGCCCUGAAAAUGAAAGACGGCCGUGCGAGCGACCGUGCCACACAGACAGAGCACAUGGGCCCUGAAACUAACAAAUACAGUGGUUGGUCGGGUGGGCCAGGCUCAGGCUCAUCUUCUUCCUUGAGCAGCAGCAGCAACAGCAGCCCGCCACAACCAAAGGACCGAAGGGCAGCGCGAGCCGGGGUUGCCCCAUCUCUUCUGCCUCACGCAGGGGACCCCGCUAAUUCCUCCCGCCACCCGCUAUCUCUCGGUUCCGCCAGGGAGGAGAAUUACUGCAACCCACCAGUCGGCGCCCCAAACAUGGCCGCCCAUUCCUUCAUUCCUGCGGCCCAACCCCGCGUGAUGUCAUCUUUAACCAGCAGGCAGCCGGAUAGAGUUUCAUCUUCCUCGGAGUCUUUAGGAGGAAGUUUGGCAUCUCGCAAAGGGGAGCAACAGCAUAUCAGUCAUAUCCCCCGGGCGGUGGGCGCCUCCUCCUCCAGCUUGGCCAGUAGGGGGAGCAUCUCUUCGUCAGGCAUCCCCUCACCCCAGAAGCCUUCUUCCACCUCUUCUUCCUCGUCCUCCUCCACUUCCUCGCCCUUCACGGGCCGACUGGGGCAGCCACCCAGGGGCCCGCUGUCCUUGCACAGCUACUCUCGUAAAAAUGUCUUCCUCCAGCACUCCCUGCACACCACCGACCUCCAGACGCUCACACAGAGAGACGCUUGA